UUGCUGUUCUUCCUCAGCAGCUCCGAACCUGCUGGAGCCAUCAAGGCCAUCGACAAGCACUCCGUGCAUCAGAUAUGUUCAGGACAAGUCGUGCUGACUUUGGCCACUGCUGUGAAAGAGUUGGUGGAGAACAGUAUUGAUGCAGGAGCCACGAACAUUGAUGUUAAGUUGAAAGAGUGUGGAGUGGAGCAGGUGGAAGUGUCUGACAAUGGCAAAGGUGUCGAGGAGGCUAACUUUGAAGGACUGACACUUAAGCACCACACAUCAAAGUUAAGAGAUUUCUCCGACCUCAUCCACGUGGAGACGUUUGGCUUCCGGGGUGAAGCUCUCAGCUCUUUGUGUGCUCUGAGUGAUCUAAGCGUUAUCACAUGCCACGAGUCCACCCAGGUAGGCACCAAGCUUGUGUUUGACACCAAAGGCCACCUGGUGCAGCAGUCGCCUCAUCCCCGCCAGCAGGGGACCACAGUCACCCUGCAGCAGCUCUUCCACACCCUCCCCGUCCGGCACAAGGAGUUCCAACGCAAUAUUAAAAAGGAGUAUGCCAAAAUGCUACACGUCCUGCAGGCCUACUGCGUCAUCUCCAGCGGCGUGCGCAUCAGCUGCUCCAACCAGAACGGACAGGGAAAGCGCAGCACCGUCCUCUGCACCAGCGGCAGCCAGAGCAUGAGAGACAACAUCGGGGCUGUGUUUGGAGCAAAACAGAUCCAGAGUCUUCUGGCUUUUCAGCAGAUGUCUCCUACUGAAAAUGUUAUUGAAGAAUAUGGGCUCAGUGGGGGAGAUCUACCCAAACAGCUUUUUACCAUCACAGGGUUUGUGUCGCGGGGGGACCACGGUGUGGGGCGAAGUGCUACAGACAGGCAGUUUUUCUUCAUUAACAACAGGCCAUGUGACCCCACCAAGGUUACCAAACUUGUGAAUGAGGUUUAUCACAUGUACAACAGACACCAGUAUCCAUUUGUUGCCUUGAACAUAGCCGUGGCCUCUGAGUGUGUGGAUGUUAACGUUACGCCUGACAAACGGCAGAUUUUCCUUCAGGAGGAGAAACUAUUGUUGGCUAUUCUGAAGACUUCUCUUAUCUCUAUGUAUGAGUCCGGAGUCAAUAAAAUCAGCCUGAACUACACACCCACAGCUAAGGUAUCAUCAGUGUCUGGCCAAACCAUCUUGUCUCAUGAGAACAAGGCAGAGCCUGGACAGGAAACCCAAACACCGAGUCAGAGCCCGAAGUCGUCCAUGAACCUGUCCAGCCUCAGAGCUGCCUUUGCAAAUCACAGCGGCACAGCUUCUGCCUCCAAAUCAAGAGACGGAAAGGCUUCCAACAGCGGCCCGACACAGAAAACACUACAGGGUUUUUUCAAAGACUCUGUAAAGGCCUCGGCCUGCAGCCCGAGUGAGAGGUCGCCAUUGAAACCUGAAAGAGAAGCUUCUAAACGGCCCCCAGUGGGAGCGUCUCUUGAUGGGUUCAGGUAUGGAAAGACGCCAUGCAGCGAUGGAGACUCUGAAAAACACGAUGCUGAGUCCAGCUGUGAGUUUACAACAGCAACAGCGGACACACAACGCUCCCCUUCAGAAGAAGGUUCCCCUGAACCUGUUACAGACUUCUACUCUUAUACAGUAACACUGCCAUCUAAACAACCCUGCACAGAUCUAAACAAAGAUGACCCUUCCCCUGAUCACACAGCACUACAGACUGAAGCCCGCUCACCUGAUAAGAACUCCGCCGGGAGCCCGGAGGCUAAAAGAGCCAGGGUGGACAAACCCCGACUUCCUGGCGAGGAAAAACGUCCAACCUUCCCAAGCGGUCCUUCGGAGGCCGAUGCCCCGGCCCGCCUGAGGAGGAGGAGGACGAUGCGCGUGGCGUUCUCUCUGCCAGAGCUGUCGGGGAACAUGGGCAGGCUGAAGGAGCAGCGGAAACAGAAUUCCGGCGAGGAGCUGCGCUACAGACGCUUCAGGGCCAAGAUCAGCCCUGCCGAGAACCCCAGCGCAGAGGACGAGCUCAAGAAGGAGAUCAGUAAGGAGAUGUUCAAAGAAAUGGAGAUAAUCGGCCAGUUCAACCUGGGCUUCAUCAUCACCAAGCUGAACUCGGACAUCUUCAUGAUCGACCAGCACGCCACGGACGAGAAGUACAACUUUGAGAUGCUGCAGCAGCACACCGUGCUCCAGGGACAGCGGCUCAUAGCCCCACAGAAACUUCACCUCACUGCAGUCAGCGAGAACGUGCUCAUAGAGAACCUCGAUAUUUUCCGAAAGAACGGCUUCGAAUUUCUGGUGGAUGAGGAUGCUCAGGUGAUGGAGAGGGUUAAGCUUGUUUCGUUGCCCACCAGUAGAAACUGGACCUUCGGCCCGGCUGACAUUGAGGAGCUGAUCUUCAUGUUGAGCGACAGCCCGGGUGUCAUGUGCCGCCCGUCAAGAGUCAGGCAGAUGUUCGCCUCCAGAGCUUGUCGGAAAUCUGUGAUGAUUGGCACUGCUCUGAGUGUGAGCGAGAUGAAGAAGCUUGUGGUUCACAUGGGGGAAAUCGAGCAUCCGUGGAACUGUCCGCAUGGCAGGCCAACCAUGAGGCAUCUGGCCAACCUGGACAUCAUUUCACAAGACUGAGGCCGUUCAACUGGGACCUCUUAGAGGAAUUCACUUUAUCAUGACCAGUUGUAAUUUGAAUGUACCAUAAUUACAUCCAAUGUUCUGGAUUGCUGUUUUAGUUUGAACAUUGUUUGUUGAUGUCCUGGUUUUAGUCCAACUUUGCAUUCCGUGUACAUUAACAUUUCUGCUUAUUUUUAGAUGGCAAUAAAUUGAGACCAAAUAAGUAUUUUUUUCUUACUUGAAUUUACUUGGGUACAUUUUUACAAAAAAAUGUUCAUAUUUGAUCAUUUAGGGUUAGGGUCACCAAAAACAUAUUUUAGGUGAUUACUCUGUAAUAUAACUGGU